UGGGGCGGGGCGUACUGCGAGUCCCGUGAGUCUCCACGGCAGUGUAUACUACGAGUCCCAUGAGUCUCCGCGACCGUCGCGGCGACCUACCGCGGGGAGGCGGAGUGGAGCUGGAUUAGAUUCAAUUCUGAGAAAAGAAAAAAGCUGCUAACUGAGCAUACUGUAACUGUGUAAUAAUGGAUUCUUCCCUGGAAAACAGCAUGUUUGUGAACAGAGUUUGGGUUCAGUGUGAGAACGAAAGCUGCCUGAAAUGGAGAUUGUUGUCAAGUGAAGCUGCCGCCACCAUUGAUCAUGAUGAACCAUGGUAUUGUUUCAUGAACACUGAUUCAACAUUCAAUAAUUGCUCCAUUUCUGAGGAAGAUUUUCCUGAAGAGUUUCAGUUUAAUGAAAGCGGGUAUAAGUUUGUCUACUCGCUGCUUCCUCUUGGAAGCCUGGUUUUGGUUAAAUUGCAGAAUUGGCCAAGCUUUGUCUUGAUCCUUUCAAAAGAAAAUAUGUGACCUAUGACCUGGAUGGAAAUGUUAAACAGUAUCACAUAGAAUUCCUGGGUGAUCCCCACUCAAGAGCAUGGAUAAAUGCAACAUUUGUUGGAUAUUAUAGUGUCACAUUAAAGCCAGGAGAAUGUAGGAGUAGAAAGAAAUGGUAUAAAAGUGCACUUGAGGAAGCCUGUCUACUCUAUGACUAUUCCCCCCAGCAAAGACUGGAAGCAUGCUGCCAAUCAAAGCAGGAUAGUACCAAAGUUGCUGUGGUGGCCAAGAAAAGGUGCACCCGUGUUGUGACGCAAGUUUCCAAAAAUAAUAUAAAGAAAAAGCCCAAAUUUAUAAAGAGAAAAAGUGAGGCUGCUUUAAAACGCUCUGUUGAGAACAUUUGUUCCCAUGAAGCUUUAUUAACGGAAACCAUGGUUGUCUCUGAGACAGAAGAUUUACUAAAAGAGCUGGAGAAAAUGUUGCAGCAAGCACAAGAACCUGCAGGAGCACCUGAUGAGUCAGAGAAGGAGCACGGAGAAGAGACGUGUGCAGGAGAAAAGUUAUCUCAGCACAGCCCUGAAGUUCCUGCAGGCAGUCCAUUUCAGAGCUACAACGAAGAAGACUGCCUUGUAAUUGAUGGGGAAAGACUGGAAGCUGGAGAGUGCAUUGAGAGCAUAACCAACAAGUUUAAAGAAAUAGAUGCCCUAAUGUCUGAAUUUUAGGAUAUUACUCAUUCCCAAAAGUUAAUUGUGAAACACUAGCAAAUGUUUAGUGAAAUAAGUAUACAAAAGGUUGAUAUUUGUUACAACUUUAUAUUAUGAAUAUCCAUUGCUUUCAGAGCCUAAUAAAUGAUAUUUGGAUUAGGGGGUUAGAACUGAAGAAUUUGAAAAAUCCUGAUGUUUGUAUUUGUAGAUUUUUUUGUUUGCAUUAAUCUAAAAUUGUUUAUAAAACUUACCUCAUAAGCAUGUGCUUUACAAUGAGUAUGUAGGCCCUUUAUUCAAACGUUACUAAAGAUUAAAAUGGAUGUCUAUUAUAUUACAAUUCUUAGAGAUAUCUCAGAUAUAGCACACUUAGAGAAUAUGUUUUUGUA